AUGGCGGACGUGGAAGCGAUCACGGACGGGGUAAAGGAGCUGCGCGUUGACGCAAGCAAACUCUCUCCGCUGAGUCCCGAGGUAAUCAAAAACCAGGCGACGAUCAAUAUUGGUACGAUUGGGCAUGUCGCGCACGGAAAAUCGACUGUAGUCAAGGCUAUCUCUGGCGUGCAGACGGUGCGCUUCAAAAAUGAGCUUGUGCGGAAUAUUACGAUCAAGCUUGGGUACGCCAAUGCGAAAAUCUACAAGUGCCCGAACCCGAACCACCCACGGCCGUCUUGCUACCAAAGCUACCCGUCGGACAAGGAAGAGCACCCCAUGUGCCCGAUGCAUGGCUGUGGUCACCAUUUGGAUCUGCUGCGCCAUGUCUCGUUUGUGGACUGCCCGGGCCACGAUAUCCUGAUGGCGACCAUGCUGAACGGUGCUGCGGUGAUGGACGCUGCACUGCUGCUUGUCGCGGGCAACGAGCCGUGCCCGCAGCCGCAGACCUCGGAGCAUCUUGCCGCCGUGGAGAUUAUGAAACUGCAGCACAUUAUCAUUUUGCAGAACAAGGUCGACUUGAUCCGCGAGCAGGCCGCGGGCGAGCACUGGAAGCAAAUCACCGACUUUGUCAAGGGCACGGUCGCCGACGGUGCGCCCAUCGUCCCGAUUUCUGCACAGCUCAAGUACAACAUCGAUGCAGUGAACGAGUACAUUGUCAAGAACGUGCCGGUCCCGAUUCGCGACUUUAGCGCGACGCCGCGCCUGAUUGUCAUUCGCUCCUUCGAUGUGAACAAGCCGGGUGCAGAGAUCGACGAGCUCAAGGGCGGUGUGGCCGGUGGCUCGAUUCUGUCCGGUGUCCUGCGUCUCGGCCAGGAGAUCGAGGUGCGGCCUGGUAUCGUGACCAAGGAUGCCGAGGGCAAGAUCCACUGUCGUCCGAUCUACUCGCGCAUUGUGUCGCUGCUUGCAGAGCACAACGAGCUUAAGUUUGCUGUGCCGGGCGGUCUGAUCGGUGUUGGGACCAAGGUUGACCCUACGCUCUGCCGUGCUGACCGCUUGGUCGGCCAGGUUCUCGGCGAGGUCGGCAAACUUCCCGCGAUUUACACCGAGCUCGAGAUCAACUACUUUUUGCUUCGCCGCUUGCUGGGUGUCAAGUCAGACGACAAGAAGCAGACAAAGGUACAGAAACUCGCAAAGAACGAAGUGCUCAUGGUCAAUAUCGGGUCGACUUCCACCGGUGGGCGUGUCAUGAGCGUCAAGGCGGAUCUCGCCAAGAUCUUCCUCACGUCGCCGGCAUGCACAGAGGUCGGCGAGAAGAUCGCACUGAGCCGACGAAUCGACAAGCACUGGCGUCUUGUAGGCUGGGGCUCCGUACGCCGCGGUACGCAGCUCGAUGUCGAGGCACGUGUAUAG